AUGUGCUCGGCAGUCGACAGAACGGCAGAGUUUCUUCAGUCCGUACAACUUUCCCGCCCUAUAUCUACUAGUGCCGUUGGCGACUUGACGACCAACCCUUUAUUUCUCGCUAGCCAUAGCGAUUCACGACCCACAGAUAAAUCAGAUAGUGGUCUACUUCCAGCCACCGGAUGGCGUCCUACGAAAUCUGAUGUACCGCAAACGAUUUCUAGGCGUGAAGCCCAAUCAGGUCAGCGAGCCAUUCGCCAGCGUUCUGAGUUCAUGCAAAUGGCCGCUUCUAUUGGACGUGAUCUAGCCAGCACAUUCAGCAAAUUAGAACAGUUGAAUAACCUUGCUCGCAAUCAAUCUUUGUUUGACGAUCAGAGCUCCGAAAUCCAGCGCCUGACCUACAUCGUGAAGGAAGAUAUGGCUGAUCUCAAUCACAGGAUAGCCACUUUACAGUCCAUAUCCAGGUCACAGAAUUCCAAGGGCAAACAACAGGCAAAUCACUCUAAAUCCGUCCUGAUGGGUUUACAAACAAGAUUGGCGAAAAUGUCCACUCAAUUCCGAGGAAUGUUGGAACAACGGUCGGAAAAUCUUCGGUCACAAGCUGCUCGUCGAGGAAAGUAUACCGCUCUGCAAAAUGUGAACGAAAAUGAUACUACUUUGUUGACCAAUGGUUAUCCACAGUCAAAAUCAACCAUCAUACCAUCAAUAUUACUAAGGGACGAUGAGCGUGCCCGUGAACAGGCGUUGAAUGGACACGGAUCUCUUUUAAACGGGGGCCCAAACCCGGAAGUACAAGCCAAAUUGGCACAACAACUUUCCCUUGUGGAUCAGACCGACACUUAUCUGGCAUCCAGAGCCGAUACGAUGCGCAGCAUAGAACACACAAUUGUGGAACUAGGCGAAAUCUUCCAGCAGUUGGCCACAAUGGCAACCCAGGUUGUGGCAAGGCUUCUGGCGUCAUUGAUUCUUCGUCGUCUCAUGGCGGCACGCGAAGUCUUGACUCGUGAGAAUCAAGUGGGAUUUCGACCGGGUAGAGGCUGCGUUGACCACAUCUUCACACUCUGUCAGAUGUUAGAGCAACGCCACAUGUACAGACGACCCACAAUCCUGGUAUUACUUGACUUCAAGGGUGCGUUCGAUUCUGUUGACCGAUCAGUUCUGUUAACUAUACUUGCUCAACGGUGUAUGCCCCAGACGUUUGUAAACAUGAUCCGAUCUCUAUAUUCACAUACUUCUGGGCGGGUGAGGGUGUAUGGUGAGCUCUCCAAAAGCUUCGCUACAAAAAGUGGUGUCAGACAAGGAUGUCCACUCUCCCCAUUCUUGUUCAACUUCGUCAUCGAUGAAAUAAUGAGGCGAACACUGGAUGGUUUUCAAAACCCCAGUGUUCAAAUUGUUGCUGGCGAGAACCUUGUCGAUCUGGAGUACGCAGAUGACAUCGCCCUCAUCUUUGAAGACCACAGCGAAGCACAAGCCCUGUUGAAUAAACUGACCGCCAUCAUACCAUCAUUUGGCAUGCGCCUUGCACCUUCGAAGUGCAAAGUCCUGCUUCAGAACGUGCCAUCUGCGAACAUAUCCCUUACAAUUCAAGGAGAACCACUGUAA